AUGUCGAACAGCGCCGGAUACACGCCCAAGGAUCCCAAUGUCAAGCUCUUCAGCUUGGGUGACUUUGAGUUGCUAUCGGGCGAAGUGAUCCCAAACGCCCAUAUCGCCUACCGCACUUACGGCGACGCGAGCAAGCAAGCCAUCGUCUAUCCGACCUGGUACUCGGGCACCAUUACCGACGGCAACGAGUGGCUGAUCGCCCUUCCUGGCUCUCAGCCCGAGACGCGCUCGCUGGAUCCAUCCCGCUUCUUCAUCAUUGUCCCGGCGCUCUUUGGCAACGGCGAGUCGAGUUCCCCCUCGAACCAUCCUCUCGGAGCUGCGCUACCACGUGCGACGUUCUACGACAAUGUACGUGCUCAGCACAAGCUGGUAUACGAGCACCUUGGCGUGCAGGGCAAGGUCGUGGUUAUUGGCUGGUCCAUGGGAGCAGGACAGACAUUCCAAUGGGCGUCGCAGUUCCCCGACUCGGUGCGUGCAGCUGUGCCCUUCUGUGGAUCGGCACGCACCGCGAUUCACAAUUGGGUCUUUCUCGAGUCGCUCAAACAAACACUCCGCCUCGAUCCCAAGUUCAACGGUGGCGAAUACAGCCCUGACGACCCGCCGCUUGAAGGUCUCAAGGCUUUCGGAACCAUCUAUGCCGGUUGGGGGUUCAGCCAGGCUUUCUACCGCGAGGACAUGUUCAAGAAACAUUUUGGGCUCGAUGGAGCCUCCAACGUGCUCAACAACUUCUGGCAUGCGUGGGCCACGUCCAAAGACGCCAACAAUCUGCUCUACAUGAUCUACACCUGGCAGCAUGGGGAUAUCGGCGCACAGCCAAAGUAUGCGGGUGCAAGCAAGCGCGAUGUACCUCAGAGCAAGGGCGGCCGGCUGGGCACACGCGGUGAUGGUGGAGCAGUGACAGACGAUGAUGAUCAGGCAUUCCACAGGGCUCUGAAGGCAAUCCAGUGCCCGACAAUGAUCGUGCCAGCAAAGACCGACUUGUACUUCCCGCCCGAGGAUUCGGAAGAGGAGGCCCGCAUCAUGGGCGACACCGCUGCGCUUGAAAUCAUCCCCACCAUUUGGGGCCACUGGGCAGGUGGACCGGGCGACUCCAAGGACGACGUCAAGUGGCUCGACGACAAGAUCUACGCCUUCUUCCAAAAACAAGGCAUCCUCGACUGA